AUGGCAGCGCCAUGCCGUCAGUCUUCGGUGGUGAGUUUCUGUGGCGACCACGGGGAAUUGGAUGGCCGAAGCCCCCCAAUCAGAGAUCUGUCUAAGUCUUCUACAAGCACGUUGUCUACCCCCAAAGGCAAGGUCAAAAUUCCUCACGAACAUUCCAAAAGCUCAUCCUGCACCCAGCAACCGUUAGAUACCUUAUCCCAACAUCAACAACAACGCCAUCCAGAUGGAAAGACGUUGUCGGCAUCGACCUCACUCGUCGCCCCGGCGAUGUUGGCCAAUCCCCUGAGUAUGCAGGCCACGGUACUGCGGACCCCGGACUUCUUUGUGAAUCCAAUGCCCUCUGGGGAUGACCUCGUGGAGGAGGGAGACAUCUUAUACGACGUCCUGAAGGAUAGCCGAUUCGAAACGGAUGAACCCGACGACGUCGUCAGGGAGGAUGCGCGGGUGAAAGCGACCCCCAUGCAACCCCUGGGAUGGCUAUCGCCUAUAGCAGGUAUCGGUGUUCAGCCGGUUCUUACACUGCCGAAUAAAGUCGGCAAAUACCUCGCCAACGAGCAUCUCAAAGCGCUUAUUUGCUUUGUCAAUGGGGCAGUUUAUCCUCUCCAUAACCUACGCCUUCGGAUCGACGUGAUUCUCCCGCCGGAGGCCCUUACCGGGGCGAGUGGAUUUCCGCACUCCGCCCCUUCCCCGCCGCAGUCCGCGCGGCGGUCGCUCAUUCACCAAACCUGUCCGGAGAUGAAGGCGAAAUCGACCAAGGACUACACUGUCGACGUCCUGCUUUCCACCGCGGGGACGUACGUGUUGGAUGUCAACGUCCUGUACGUCGACCCCAGCGGGGAGGCGCGGAAGCUGAACUGGUCGAGCUCGUUCGGGGUGGAAUCGGCCCUCACGGAGGUCUCGCGCCGGGUGCUGCGACGGCUCAAACUGCCCGACGGAAGGCCAAGGACGCCUCCUGUGGAUUUCACCACCCCUGGCGCGCUUUUUUCCCGUCCCCCCACCCCCGCGGAGGCCUUGGGGAACCUUCGCCUGCCCUUGCAUACCUACAUCUUCAGCGUGGGCCUGCAAAACACCAGCGGCGUCCCCCUCACCCUGUGCAGGCUUCAGAUGCUGGCGGCGACCACGACGGACGGGGAAGGCGCCCCGAGUCCGGUCAAACUACUCAACGCGGCCCCCUCCAUCGAGGUGGGGGGGAAGGCGGGGGCGCGAUCGACCGCCCCGUCAAGCGUCUUCCUGCAGCCCGGGGAACGGGUUCACUGCAGCUUUGAGUUCUUGAUUUUGAACGAGGCGUUGUGUAAUUUGCUAAUCGUGCAUAACGCCUCCACAGGGGUGUCCUCCCCGCUGUUGAAGCCGCCGCUGAAUGGGCCACUGGGGGCUAUUGAAUGGGAGUGGCGUCGCUGGAAUGGCGACGGCGGGACCGCGCGGUCGGCGCCGCUUUUUCUCGGACAACUACGGGGGCUGCCAUUGAUGGAAUUGGUGGUGGUGCGCGUUAGGUCGCUCCCCUCAGAUCCCCGAGGCGUCUGGGGGUAUGGCGAGGAAGGAGCCCCGGGGUCCGAAGGGGCGUCAUCGGACAUUCACCGCGUUGAGCAUUGUGCGCACCCAGACGAGGUCCCUCUUAAAGCGGGCCAACCCGUGGAGUUUGAAUUAUGUAUAGUGCACUAUGGAAACCACACCAGUUCUGAUGGCGAGGCCCCGGUCGAGGUGGCGUUGAAGGUGCGUCCUGAGAAAUUGGCGCCGUAUUGGUUAUACACGGGCGCUAUACCGCGUUAUAUAGGCCAUGUCGAGCCUAACCACACAUGUACCUUCAAACUAAAACUCUUACCUUGGCAUUCGGGUUGGGUGCCAUUGCCUCGUGAUGGUCUAGAAAUUGUGGACGCGCACUCACCAGGACACGUCCUAGCACCACUACCACCGGUAGUUAUAGAAUCCGCCUCAACCGCGGUGGUAUCAUCCUCUAGGAGAGAAAGCGAAAAGCAGAGCAGUAUCCUCACCAGCUCCUUGGUCAAACCCGGUCCGAUCGGUUUAGCACAAAAGAAGAUCCCAACAGCCUUGGUGGUGGGGAGAAAUUUAAAUCCCAAAGCCAGCGGAGAGGCUGCGGGGCUCUGCGUGGAGGAAGAUCAGAACGACUCGGUAUUGUGUGAAGUUCUAGUUUUAUAG